GUCUGUCUUCUCCCUCUAUAAAAAAAAAUGACAUUAGAACAAAAAAAUAUUGUCUUUAUUGGCGCAUCAAGUGCAGCCAUGGGUGCAGCCACUCAUUGGGUAGAAAACCAUCUUGAUAGCCAUCGAUUAAUUCUUAUUGAAGAAAAGACACAUUAUAAUCAUGUCUUUGCGUUUCCUCGAGCAGCUGUGAUGAGUGGGUUUGAAGAGGAGUUGUUUGUUCCUUAUGAUAAUAUGUUUCUAGGUGACUCUCGUAUUGGACAAGUAGUCCAUGCACGUGCUAUAGCUAUUCAUAAAAACCAUGUUGAGCUUGAUAGGGAAAUACCAGGUUUUGGUAACCAAAUUAGCUUUGAAUAUUUGGUCUAUACAGCAGGUGCCACAAUUCCUACACCAGGUAGAUUUAAGGACAUUACACGAGAGGCAUGUAUCGAAAGACUUCGGGAAUAUCAAAGGGUCAUUGCAAAGGCUCAAUCUCCUAUCAUUAUUGGUGCUGGUGCAGUAGGAAUAGAACUUGCUUCGGAAAUUAAGGAAUAUUAUCCAAAAAAACAUGUAACACUGAUACAUUCUCGGGCACGUUAUUUACCUCGAUACAAGGCAAGUUUGGAUACAAUAACUUAUAAUAUACUUCAAAAGAAAGGCGUUAAACAAAUCAUGGGAGAUCGUGUUAUUUUACCACCAGAAGGGUUCCCCUUAGAAGUAAAACCCAUUCAAGUUCAUACUAAGAAUGGUAAGGUUAUCCAUGGAGACCUUGCUAUUAUGUGUAUUGGUAUGACACCUAAUAGUAAAUUACUUGAACAAUUCAUUCCAGAGGCCAUCAAUCCUGUCAAUGGAUUUGUAAAAGUAAAACCAACAAUGCAAAUUGACGUAGAUGGUUGGCCGAAUAUUUUUGUAGCGGGUGAUGUGGCUGAUCAUACAGAUGUUAAGAUUGGUCAUUAUGCCUGGAUGCAGGGUCUAGCUGCUUUGACAAAUAUUAAACAUAUGAUCUCGGGAGAACCAGUGGAACCUUACAAGAGUCCUCUGGUCGUAUUGGGGUCCUGGAUCGCUGCACGAUCAAUCCCUGAAAAUGUUUACGCAACAUUUAGUUGGAAUAUUUUGAAGGCAGAUCCAGAAAAAAUAACUUCAUCGUCUACUACAGUGGAAAAACAAUAA